AUGUCCCUCCUGCAGUGUCCUCGGCAAUGGAAUCCGGCAGAUUCCGACAUCUGUCAUCUGGGUUCCAUCCCCUGCGAGCGUCGGGACGUACGGGGGACGGAACGGCUGGAAAUUUGAAAAUGACAAAAAUAAGACAUUACUGUAUCAAAGCAUUUCACAUACAUUUUGUCCCUAGUGCUUUGUCCUGUGCCCUGCCUGCAUUUUUACUGUUCUUUCUGCCUGGAAACUGAGAAACGUCCAUGGAGUCUAAAAAGCGUCCCUUUAGGUCAAAACCGGUUUUAGACCAGCUAGAGAACAGCGAUAGUAAAUUAGAACCACUUGUAGAAUUGA